CGGACCAUAUCUCAUGUCUUCCAUCCAGUUCCAUCCAAAAUCAUAUUCCUGCACAACGCCGAGCCACAGCACCACUGGUGUUUCCCCUUUAAGGUGGACGGGAACCCUGAGCCAUCCAUCCGCUGGCUUUUCAACGGCUUUAACCUGACCGAGGGCCGUUACACCUACACACAGUUCAUUCCCGACUCGGACGACGGCUCUGUGAAGCACGGUUGUCUAUUUCUCAACAAGCCCACCCACCUGAACAACGGCCUCUACACCAUCAUUGUGGAGAACAGACUGGGCGUGGACCAAGCCACGGCCACGGGAAAGUUCAUGGACAACCCCUUUGACCCCUUUGAUCCUGAGGGCAUCAUCCCAGUCCUUGAAGAAAGUGAUCCACUUCCCACCAACAAAUCUAAUGAAGAUGUCACUGAGAACCUGGAGAGCAGAGUGUUUGGGGUGUCGGUGGCAGUGGGUCUGGCUGUGUUUGCUUGCACCUUCCUCCUCAUUAUGGUACUGGUCAUCAACAAGUGUGGCCAGCAGUCCAAGUUUGGUAUUCACCGUUCAUCUGUCUUGGGAACAGAGGAUGAUCUUGCUGUGUCACUGCGUUUCCUGAACUUUGGGGCCAGCCCUCCUUCCUCUGACGACUCUGGGAUGUCCAGCUUUGUGGAGAACCCCCAGUACUUCUGUGGCAUUUUCAAAGACAAAGACAUGUGUGUGCAGCACAUCAAAAGACAGGAUGUAGUUCUGAAGUGGGAAUUGGGUGAGGGGGCGUUUGGCAAAGUCUACCUGGCAGAGUGUGCCAACCUCAGUCCGGACAGUGACAAAAUGCUGGUGGCCAUCAAGACUCUGAAGGAUGCCAAUGAGUCGACCCGGCAGGACUUCCAGAGAGAGGCUGAGCUGCUCACAGUGCUCCAGCACCAGAACAUUGUUCGCUUCUAUGGAGUGUGUACAGACGGAGAGCCACUGGCGAUGGUGUUUGAAUACAUGAGACAUGGAGACCUCAACCGCUUCCUCAGGUAUGGAAAAGAAACAGAACCUCCUACUUAAAUCCCCACAGGGAUAACCUCAUGGCCGCCCAUGCUAACCUUCCCCUGUUAACUGCUUACUAAUUAGCUUCAGCAUGGUAACUAUUUAGAAGCAGAGGGUUUUGUUCUGACAUCUCUGCAACGUUGUGUCCACUGCUCUUCAGCAAAGCCACUUAAUUGACCUUGAUGAACCACACAAAUGCAACUGAUUCUAUGCCAAGCCACACUUGUA